CUGAGGGUAGGAGGGCAGCAGGUGAGGCUCAUAAUCCCUAACGCUGCUUCCCCGUCAGUCUCCCGGCAGCUUCUGGGAAGGAUUUCAUGGGCCCUGCUCCGCCUGUGUGUGUGUGUGUGUGUGUGUGAGAGAGAGAGAGAGACAGGGAGAGAGGGGAUCGAGCACUUUUCUAAGCUGGCAUUUGGAGAUUCACCCAGCCAGCCAGCCAGCCAGCCCGGCUCUCUCCCACCGAAGGACAGCGGGGGAAAGGGGAAGGUCUCAUUCAGAAAUGAUUUUCCUCCUCCUGGGCGCGGCGUCCGUGGUCAGCCUCGUCGCCUUCAAGCUGAUUCCGUCCCUGGUCAAGCGCAACGGCUGGCUCUGUCUCCUGUGGCAUGACCGGAUCCACAUCUACCUGCGCGACCGCCUGACCGGCAGCUCCCAGCCGGAGCGCGUGCUGGCGUGCGUCCUGGAGACGGCCACCCGCGGUGACCCGCAGAGCGUGCUGGACGCUGUCGACAGGUUCUGCAACACGGUCGAGUGGGCCAUGAACGUCGGCGACGAGAAAGGUUUGAUCCUGGAUCGGAUCGUUUCGGAGGUUGACCCUGGGCUGGUGUUGGAACUGGGCACGUAUUGUGGCUAUUCCACUGUCCGCAUUGCAAGACUCCUGAAACCAGGGGCCCGCCUCUACACUGUUGAGUUUAACCCCGACUUUGCCAAGCUCGCCAGGCAGAUUAUCAGCUACGCCGGGGUGGAAGAUCAGGUGGAGCUUUUGGUGGGUUCAUCUUGGGACCUGAUUCCGGAACUCAGGAAGAAGUUUGAUAUUGAGAAACUGGAUUUCGUUUUCCUGGAUCACUGGAAGGAAAGUUAUACCCAUGACACCAAACUCCUAGAGGUAACGAGCUACGAGCUGCUUCGCCCCGGGACGGUGCUCCUGGCUGACAACGUGACCUGCCCGGGCGCACCCGAGUACCUCCAGUACAUCCGCCGGAACCCGCGCUACCGGAGCGAGUACCUCCCUUCCCACCUGGAGUACACGCAGGCCCCCGACGGCCUGGAGAAGUCGGUGUUCCUGGGCUGACCGCCUCCUCCCACCUCGAGACGAGCACCGGACCCGCUCCUCCUCGCCUUUGCUGUAAUCGCGUGUCACCUUCCAUAAAGAGAUACGAAGGA